UCGACUGCGAGGCGGAGGGGUCGCCGCUCCCCGAGAUUCAGUGGAGUGUGAGUCCAGGGGAGAUGCACGCCAGGUACAUCCGCCUCACCAACGGGUCCCUGCAGCUUAUAGCGGCCCAGAUCGAGGACGAAGGCCACGUGAUCUGCCAAGCUUACAACGAACUAGGAGAGGACCUCGCCAAAGCUGACCUCAGCGUCAAAGUGUCGGGCAUGUGGUCAUCGUGGGGCCCUUGGACUUCGUGCAGCGUGUCUUGCGGACCCGGCCAGCAGACGAGGCGCCGGCUGUGCAAUGCCCCCGCCCCACGACACGGAGGCGCCCCUUGCCCUGGGGACGAGGCCCAUACCCGACCCUGUCCGACCUCAGCCGUGCCCGCUGGAUGGUAACUGGUCACCGUGGGAUCCUUGGGGCGAGUGCAGCGUGACGUGUGGUUCGGGCGUCCGAGUGAGGACGAGGUACUGCUCGGCCCCCGCUCCCCUGUAUGGUGGUCGUCCUUGCGAGGGAAACGCCGCCGAGGAGGAGCCCUGUUCCCUGAGGGACUGUCCAGUCUCCGGAGGGUGGGGCGAGUGGACGCCGUGGUCCGACUGCAGCGCCACCUGCGGCCAGGGCCUCCGUCAGCGAACGCGUCUCUGCGACUCGCCUCCUCCUGCUGCCGGGGGGGCGCACUGCCAGGGGGACGGCCUCGAGGUCACGCCGUGCUCCAACCCGCCCUGUCUGCGAUGACCCUCCGCCCUCCAACGGCGGCCGAUACUGCCCCGGCUCAGACACCCUCGAGGACUACUGCAACUUGGACAUGUGCCCCGUCAAUGGCGGCUGGUCGUCGUGGUCGUCGUGGGGGUCGUGCACGGCGACCUGCGGCGGCGGCCAGAGGAGGCGGUUCCGCACGUGCGACAACCCGGGCCCGUCGCAGGGGGGGCGGGCGUGCACGGGGCCGGACACCGACUCGGAGGCUUGCAACACGCUCAAGUGCCCCGUGAACGGCGGGUGGGGUUCGUGGAGCGAGUGGUCACCGUGCAGCAUGACCUGUGGCCUCGGAAUGAGGGUCAGGUCACGACUUUGCAACAACCCUUACCCUGGGUUCGGCGGCGCCCCGUGUGUAGGAGAGGAACGCGAGACCUCCAGCUGCGAGGGCGACACGUGCGAGGUCCAGCCCACGCUCGCCAUGGGCACGGUGAUCGGCGAGCUGAACGGGGAGGACCUGGGCAUCGUUUCCUUGGUCUCGAACGUCAGUACCCUGGGCAUGCAGCGCACCGUCACCACCAGAGUCAGUCCCCUCAUUCCAAAACAUGCCACCUGGUUGACCCCGCUGCUGGCUGUGGCGUCCCCCGUGUACUGGACGUCGGCGUAUGAGGUCAACGGCGCCGCCAACGGACACUCGCUCACCAAGGGCUUCUUCAGGAGGGAGGCGCACGUAGCUUUCGCCACAGGUGAGACCGUGGACAUGACUCACGUGGUAAGGGGGGUGGACGCCAACGGGGCCCUGCUAGUGGACGUCCAGCUGACAGGACACGUGCCUUAUCUGCCUCCGGGCUCCCUUAUCACUCUCCAGCCUUACAAUGAGGACUACGUUCAGACUGGCGGUGCUUCAGUCUUCGCUACUUCGACCCGCACCUUCACCCUGGACGGCUACCACCUCCCCUACGCCUGGAACCAGACUAUUUCGUACGACGCUGAGCUCGGGAAGCAGCCGUACCUCGUGCAGACCCUUCAUGCUGCCGGUCUGGGGUCUGCGUACAGAACGAGCCAGGCCGAGUUGGACGUGGUCGUGUCAGCCUCCAUCUCUCCGGCGUUGAACAGUGGCACUUGUCCCUCCGGCUUCACCCUCGACUCGUCAGGCCCUUACUGCCGCGACAACGACGAGUGCCUGGCAUCCACGAGCCGCUGUUCCCACGGCUGCACCAACACCGUCGGGAGCUAUUCCUGCGACUGCAACCUUGGCUACACGCUGGGCCCCGAUGGAUACACGUGUCAAGACGUAGACGAGUGUUCAAUGGCCGGUGUGUGUGGGCCGCUUGAGAACUGCGCUAACACCCCAGGCUCUUACACCUGCACAUAUAACUGCCGGCCUGGACUCAAAAGGACUGCCUCGGGUACAUCGUGUGAAGACAUAAACGAAUGCACAGAGACGCCAGGAGUGUGUGACCAGACGUGCCUCAACCUCAUCGGGGGAUAUAGGUGUGACUGCAGAAGGGGAUUCAGGCUCGUGGGCCAGAGUCGCUGCGUCGACAUCGACGAGUGUUCACAAUUCCGAUCCCCGUGUACCCAUGGCUGUGAAAAUACCGUGGGUUCUUUCAGGUGUUCUUGCCCCGAAGGUCACAUGCUCUUGCCCAAUGGUCGCUGUAAAGAUAUUAACGAAUGUGCAACGUAUCAACACGACUGUCUGGAGGAGCAAGAGUGUCGAAACACAGAGGGAUCUUACAUUUGCAUAACACACUGUCCAAAUGGCCUCACGAACGCAGACAACGGCACGUGUAAAGACAUAGACGAGUGUGCAGAGCAGAUCUCUGGAUGUCACUUCACCCAGACCUGCUCAAACACUUGGGGUUCUUACCACUGCACUUGUCCGAGGGGAUUCAGCUCGUCAGGACCAGGGCAGCCCUGUUUAGAUGUGAAUGAGUGCCUGGCCUCCCCCCCUCCGUGCAAGUACCAGUGCCACAACCUCCGGGGAACGUACGAGUGUAUUUGCGGUCCUGGUGAACAGCGGCUGCCCGACGGGAAAUCCUGCGUUGGGCUUCAGUACCUGGAGGAGGAGGAGGCCGCCGGUCGGGUCGCCCUCCCGCCGCGUCGAACGAGACUCCGCCCCGCGCCGGGCUAUCCGACCUCCGAAUUCCAGGAACGCCUCCUGCACUCCAUCUACAGCCGAAGGCGCUGUCGGGAGGGAUUUGAGCUCGAGGACGAUGAGUGUCGAGACGUCAACGAAUGCACGCUGCCGGACAGAUGUCAACACCGGUGCGAGAAUACCAUCGGGAGUUUCAUGUGUUUGUGUCCUCCGGGGUAUCGACUCAAUGCAAACAGAAGAACGUGUGACGAUAUCAACGAGUGCCGCGAGCAGGACGUGCAGUGUGGCAGGGACCAACUCUGCUUCAAUCUCCGGGGGUCGUACAAGUGCGUGUCCGCGCCCUGCCCGCCCGAAUACCAGAGAGACCCAGCCACAGGCUCGUGCAUCCUGGACUGCCGGUGGGGUAAGAACAACUGCCCCCCCGGCGUGACGUAUGCCCACAUCCUGGCAUUCAAGACGGCAUCUCUCCCAGCCGGAAUACAGGCCUACCAGGAUCUCGUGCGUCUCAUGGCCUACGACCAGCAUGGCAGCCUCGUCCCACAGACGCUGUUCAGUAUUAUCGAGAACGAAACAGGUGUCGCCUUCAGAAUUCGCUUGGAGAGUGGCAAAGGUAUACUGAGUACACUGGAUCCUCUUGCGGCAGGUCGAGAGUACAGGAUGGUUGUGGAGGCUGUGUCCUACGAUGAGGUCGAACACUUCAUCAAAUACUCGACCAGAUUCAUCAUCUUCCUUCACAUAUCACAAUACCCAUACUAAGCAAGUCGCUGCAGUGUUAUACUUAACAAUAGUUAGCAGUAGUACUAAUAACCUGAUACUUCUUUUAAAAUAUAUUUCUCUUCAAGUACUGAUAGAGAUGAGACUUAUGGUUAGUAUUUAUUUUAGUGUGUCCUGAAGUUUUUUUUUUUUUUUUACGUAUUGCAGUAUCCUGUAUAUGCUGGUUAGCGAUUGCAUUUAGGUAUUGAAUUCGAUGCUCAGGUUACUUAAAAAGAUUUUUAAAGAUUAAUGUAAUGCCAGUGAUUUUCAAAGUCUGUUUGGUAUGGAUUUGCAUAAUAAAAGGCUAAAUUGAGUGAUUUUUUUUUACCUAUUUAAUAAAUGAUUUGGGUUGUAAUAGUAACUAAUGCCUAUUUCCACAUUUCCAUUCGCCGAGAAAUGAUGUAUGUGUUUCAGAUCGGUUUGUCACGCAGGAGAAAACUUCAACAGGGUACUGCAUGCGGUUUUAUAUAAAUGUGUAUAAAAUGUGUUUUUGUUUCUUUUACUAGAUUAAGAGAUUGACAGUAUUCCCCCUCUAACAUUCCAGGGCAUGGAGCUAUCUCUCGUAUAAUCAUAUUUACUGUAAAAAUCCACAGAAAACGUUUCGAAACGUUUUCCUUUUUUUCUCUUCAGCGAACCUUUACUGACAAUGCAGUUUUUUGUCAUCGCCCUGUCACUGUAUUGUACUGUACUUGUCCCCCUAUCAUAAUGUGAAUUGCAUUCAUGUUAACCUACAUUUUCUAAUAAAGAAAGUUCUAAAAUAAAAAG